AUGGCUAUCAACAAUCCUUUGGCUUUUACUUUUGGCUUACUAGGUAACAUCACUUCCUUCAUGGUGUUCUUGGCUCCGCUGCCAACGUUUUACAAAAUAUACAAAAAGAAAUCAACUGAAGGUUUCCAAUCAUUGCCUUACUUGGUGGCAUUAUUCAAUUGUGUGCUAUGGUUAUCCUACGCGUUUGUCAAAAAAGAUGCUUUUCUCCUUCUUUCAAUUAACUCAACUGGAUGUUUCAUAGAGAUUAUCUACAUUAUCAUGUACAUAAUCUAUUUUCUCAUAUAA